AUGAUCCACCCAGGAGCUGAGGUGGAGCAGAUGGGACAGGCUGCUGCUGCUGCUGCAGAGCUUCACUGGCUACGCCGAGACGCUGCUGAGCGGGCAAGCGUGCCGCCGGCGCGGGGCCUGGGGCCCUGCAUGUCCGCGGGGCUCACGGCCAGGACCUUCUGGAGCACCAUGCUCAAACUUGGGGCCUUCUGCCAGCAGCUCCAGGAUGAGGAGAAGGCUUGCAAGCGGGAGAUCCCCACACAGCAAUCCACUCCACCUUCUGCUCCCCAGGCUGGGAAAUAUCAGAAGGAGCACCUAAAAUGCCUCUUGCCAGAUGUUUUGGAGUCAGGAACUGCCCCAGAGGCUGCCCAGUCAUCUGUGUGCCCAUGUCCAAGUGUCCAUGUGCCGGCCAGCUCAGACAGCUCCCAGCCCAGGGCUGGCCCCAGCCUGGCUCUGAGCACCCGCAGUGUCCCCACACAGACCCCAGGGUCACCCCUGGGCUCCUGUGACACCUGCUCCAGCACCCAGGCCAGCCUCCACGAGGUGAGCAGAGCCAUCACCAGCAUCUGCCAGAGCCAGAACAUCCCUUCUGCUCUCAGCAAAUUCCAGGAGGUGCUGAAGGACAGCGCAGAGAGAAGGAACCUCUCUGCAACAGACAUGAGCUACUGGGCCUCGGAGCAGAGCAAGGCCCUCUCCCGGAUCAGUAAACACCUCCAGGGGCUGCUGCAGCAGGUGAACCCCCUGAAGGCUGAGCUGGAAGAGAUGGGCAAACAGGAGAAGAAGCUGCAGAAACAGGUUGAGGACUUUUCCAGGAAGCUGCAGGCAGAGAAGGAUGCCCGAGCAGAGCAGCAGAGGAAGGCUGAGCAGAGCCUGAAAGCCAAGGACAAGGAGCAUUCCGAGGCUGUGGCCAGGCUGGAGCAGGACAAGGACGAUCUCCGGAGAGGAGCUGCUCUGCUGGAGGAGCGACUCUCAGCCCUGAAGGAGGAACUGGCAGAGAAGCAGGUGGCUGUGCAGGAGCUGGAGCUCUCCAAGACCACCUUGCUGGAAAAGAUGACCACAAUGGUUGCCCGGAGCCAGGUGCUGGAGCUGGAGGAGAAGGUGCAGGUGCUCAUAGGCCAGAGGGACAGCCUGGACCAGGAGCUGAAUGCCACCAGGGUGCAGCUGGAGAAGGAGAAGGUCCGUGUGGAGAGCAUGUUCCAGCACGAGGAGUCCCUGCAGGCUAAGCAGAGGACCCUGCUGCAGCAGCUGAACAGCCUGGACCAGGAGCGUGAGGAGCUGCAGACCAGUCUGGCCGAGGCCGAGGAGGAGAACGCCCGGCUGGUGGAGCAGCUGGAGCAGAGCCAGGAGCAGAGUGGGAAACAGCUCCAGGCACAGCAGGAGCUGCUGGACACGCUGCAGGAGGAGAAGCUGGCACUGGAGCAGUCCAUCCUGGAGCUGCAGGCAAACACAUCCCAGCUGCAGGAACAGGCACAGGAGCUGAGGGAGCGGGAAAGGCUCCUGGUGUUCUUCCCUGAUCUCCACAUCCCCACUGAGACGCAGUUUGAGAGCAGCGGGAACUUGACAGAGGACAUGGAGAGUCAGCUCCAGGCCAACACCAUCCGGAUCGAGGUGCUGGAGCGAGAGAACGCACAGCUCGAGGCUCUGCUCGCCAAGGUGAAGGCAGCAGCUGAGCAGGGCGUGCUCAAGCUUGUCCCAGAGGCCCAGCUGGGGUCCCAGCUCCACAGGGAGGCUGGCAGGCAGGACCCUGGGCGGCUCAGCAGUGGAAGCAGCAGGGACAGCACAGGGACGCCAGGAUGCACAAACAAGGCCUGGCAUGGAGCUGCCAGCAGCCACAACUCCAAACAACUCCAGGCAGAGCCCACAUCCCAGGCCAAACCCUGCCUAACGCUCUCAGUGCGACGCCUGGGGCUGGGCCUCCCGUCACACCACACCGGGGCUCACCACAAAUAAACACAGAUCAGUCUGAACUUCCCAACAGAGAAAUUGUGUUAUACCA